AUGGAUUGCUUCAUUUAUAAAACCCACAACCUCACCCUCGCUCCCUUUGAGUGCAACAACGUCGAGGGAUCGCCCAACUCGCUCAGCGGGAAGGUAGAGUAUUCUCAAUAUGGAUAUACAGUUUCGGAUACAUGGAGUUAUGUCUUCAUCUCUGUAUUUGGGGUUGCACUUGUCGCCCAACUCCUUCUCACUGUUUUUUGGAAAUGUUGGUGGACUCUACCCACUCUAGCUGCUGGCACAGCUGUCGAGGUUGCCGGGUGGGGAGGAAGACUCUGGAGUGUGUUAUCUUGGGAAUGGAUACCCAACGAAGGUGGUUUAUGGAAUAGUGCACGUGGAGCGUAUAUUAUGCAAAUCUGCUGUCUCGUUAUCGCUCCUACUUUCUAUUCUGCCGCCAACUAUAUCCUCUUUGGAAGGAUCAUCGCUGCUGCGGGCCCCUCCUACGUCUCCCUCCACUCUCAAUCAUUCUCGACGAUCUUCGUCAUAGCCGAUAUCGCAUGUCUAGUCAUUCAAGGUGCAGGAGGAGGCAUUGCCGGUACUGCCGAUGACAGAGAUGUUGCCGACACGGGUGCUUAUAUCAUGACUGCGGGUGUCAUCUUGCAACUCAUCGUGACCAUCUUCUUCACCGGAUUAUUUGCCGAAUGGAUCUGGCGACGACGUAACCACCGACCGUCCAAAAGACAAUUCAACCCAUUCGCUCGAUUCUACCGAAAAAAGAACGCCCCUGCUGCAGCCCUUGAAAAUAUCGAAAUGUCACCUUCCGCUACCCUCGUAGAGGAUCCAGCGAUGAUCAACGCUAUGAAGCCUGAAGGGAGUAGUGCAUCGUACACCAGCGAUAGCGCUCCAUUCGUAGCUGGAGGUGAAAGACAAUUAUCAGAUGGGAAAGUCAAAUUGAUGUGCGGAUUGAUCUCUUUCGGUACUUUGCUCAUCAUAAUAAGAUCCGUCUACAGAUCAAUUGAAUUACUUGACGGAUGGGAAGGUGCUAUCGCCAUUAACGAGCCAUUGUUCUUGGGAUUGGACGCGUUCUUGAUGGCUACCUUCGCUAUCACUUAUGCUAUCAUCCAUCCCGGUUUGGCAUUCGGUAGGCGUCUUUUCUAA